AUGGCGCGGGGUGGCGCGGGCGGCGCGUCGGCCGGUGCCGCCGCACACCGGACGUUCUUUCCCGACGGCACGACGCGCGCAGCCGCCGCAGGUCGAUUCGACGAGGACGAGGAGGAGGACGAGGCGGCGGCGGCGGACAUGUGGGCGGAGGUGGAUGCCGAGGUGGAGGAGGCGGGCGGGGCCGCCCGGAUCGGCGGCUCAGCCGGCGGCGGCUCGAAGAACCUUCUCCUCGGCGGCGGCUCGCGCGAGGAGCGGAGGGACGAGCGUGUGGCACGCGCCCUCGCCGCCUCGUACCUCCGGCGGCAGCACGACGAGAUGAGCGAGGCGUGGCGGCGCUCGCUCGCCCACGCCGCGGCGACCGGGUCCGACCCGCGCACGCUCUGCUCCCUCGACGACCCUCUCACGCAGCUCGCGCUCGGGCGGCAGGCAGCCCUCGCGCGCGGGGCUGCGCGCGCCGACGGGCCUCGCAGCGGCGGCGGCAGCCCGCAAAGCCCCGCCAGGAGCCCGCGUUCGGGCGCCCGCGCGGAGCGGAGAGGACAGCCACAGCGGAGACCGGUCGCUCGUGACAAGUUCCCAGGUUAA